UCCCUCCUCCCGAGUUUCGGACAGUUACCCCCCUCGCCCUCUGUAUUAUUAGGGUUUAAAAAGGGUUUUGCAAUUCUCUCUCGUUCUUCUGUUUGGGUCUUUUUCUGUUGAAAGCAGAACAUGAUGACGAUGGAGGAAGGCAUCGUUCCUGGGAAAAGGAAAAGAAAUUUGGGUAAAAAGAAAGGUAACAAACCCAAGAAUAAGAAACUUAAGAUGUUGGAGGGUCAAGGGAAAAAGCUUAGAGUGAGUAAAAAGAUGAGAAAUCUAUUUGAGAAACGCGCCCGUGACUACAAUUCCGAUGAUGAUGAGGAGGAGGAGGCAGCCCUCGAUGAUAUCCGGAUGGGCGGCGGCGGAGAUGAUUCCUCUGACAAAAACGAAGGAGAAGAAGCUGAAGAUGAUGAAAUUCAACCUGGGAUUAUGAGGUUUACAGAAGGUGUUACAGCAUUCAGGUUGGCAUUUAAGAACAUUAUAAAAAGGAGUGUAGCUGAUGAUUCAUUGGGUCCAGUAUUAUCAGGGCAUAAGCAGCUUGUUGCAAAGAAGUUAGCAGAAGAGGAAGCUGAAAGAAAAGUUAAGGGAGAAGCUAAGAAAGAAAAACAUUUGGUUGCUGAAAAGGGCCAUGUGAAGCCUGCUAAUUACUUGGAUUCCCAUGAGAAGUUUCUAAUUGGUAUUGCUACAAAAGGAGUGGUCAAGUUGUUUAAUGCUGUGAACAAAGCACAAAAGGCUCAGAAAGGAUUGGACCCUUCAAGGUCUAAAGAUGCAAAAAUGAUAAGGAAGCGAAGGAAAGAAGCCUUCUUUUCAGAGCUAGGCAAGCCAUCAUUGACAGCACAUGACUCUUCUAGUAAGGGUAAUAAAUCAUCUGAUCCUAGGAAUGAUGAAGGACCUGCUUGGGCCCCAUUGCGUGAUAAUUACAUGUUAACAAAUCCUAAGUUGAAGAACUGGGAUAAAAUGGCGGACUCAGCAGUAGCUGAUGAUGUUGGAAGGAUGUCUGAGGAUAGUGGUUCAGAUUAUGAGUGAUAUCCUUUGAACUUAAGGAACUUAAAUGUUAUCUCUUACAAUUGGUGAUAGUGUUUUUGCCAACCACGAGGUGCCCUGUUAUAACCACAGAAAUGACCCUUUCUUUCUUUUACUUGUUUCCAGUGCUGUGCAAUAGUCAGUUAUCAUUAUAAAUGAAUUCAACCCAGAGGAAUGAUUGUUCUCUCUUCCUAUCUUCACCCAUCCUUGAUGGAAUGAAAGGAAAAUUUUGGAGCA